AUGGCGGCAUAUUCCCCUCUAUCUCCGUUCUCUCUAGCCCUCAAUGAAAAAGAAAAUGGAAUGGCCAAUGAAGUCCUCUCGACAUGGCAAACAACCGCCUCACGCACUCCAACCCUCGAUAUCCUCCCUCCGGGUGUCGAUGCGGAGACAUGGACCGGCAUGCUCGAGGAGUUCAAAAGAAUCUUAGGGGAUAAAGGUGUAUUGAGCGGGCACGAGCAUCGCAUCCGCUAUAUCGAUCCCUACGCAGAGAAAUCCGAUGAGCAGGAGAAGCGUGGAAGCUCAGCCACGCUGUUUCCCGUCACCGUCGAGCAUAUCCAAGCUAUUCUAAAGAUCUGCAAUGAGCACAAGAUCCCGCUGUGGACCGUAUCGCGAGGAAAGAAUUUGGGCUAUGGUGGGCCAGCCGCAAGAGUGAAGGGCUCCAUAAUUCUUGACCUUCAGCGCAUGCGCAAAGUAAUCGAAGUAAACGACCGGUACUCUUACUACACCGUUGAACCUGGCGUAACUUUCUUCGACAUCUACCGCGCCAUUCACGCGCAAAAGAAAAACAUAUGGUGCUCCGUACCUGCGCUGGGUUGGGGAUCCGUCGUCGGCAAUGCGCUUGAUCGAGGUUGGGGAUAUACGCCUGCUGGUGACCACUCCAAUCAAAUCUGCGGUAUCGAAGUAGUGCUCGCAGACGGCACAAUUGUACGGACUGGCGCAGGAGCAAUUGAUAAUUCCCCUUGCUGGCCGCUCUUCCGUGGUGGGUAUGGGCCGACGUACGAAAGCAUGUUCAGCCAGAGCAACUUUGGCAUCGUGACCAAGCUUACUCUCUGGGCGUCACCUAGCCCAGAGGGCUUCAUGGCGUGUCGUGUGGACGUGGAGAGUGAGGACGAUCUGUUACCAUUGAUAGAUGGAUUCCGUGAUCUCCUGCUCCACGAUGUGAUUCAGAACCACCCGUUGAUCGGGAACUUGCCACGAGAAAUGGUCAAGCGCGGGCAGCGCAAGGACUUUUACGACGGCAAAGACGCGAUUCCAGAUGCAAGGCUAAAGGAGAUUCAGAAGCAGUUUAGUAUCGGGUUUUGGUCCGCGAGGUUCGGGCUGUAUGGUCCGAAGGAGAUGGUUGAGUUCAAUUAUAAGAGGUGCCAGGAGGUAUUUGACAAGCUUCCCGGUGCAAGACUCACAGGCAAGGCAUACUAUCCUCCCGACGGAAGAAAGGCGUUAAGUCCAGAAGAUAUACCACUUGCUGAACGAACCGUUGAGACUGGCACUCCGAGUCUCAUGGCUCUUAAAGCCGUAGAAUAUCGCGGCAAGGAUGGCGGGCAUAUCUCCUUUUCUCCCGUUCUUCCUCCUGAAGGUAGAUGCGCCCUGUCCUUCUACCGUGACGCAAAACCGCUCUGCGCCCGCUACGGCUUCGACUACUUCGGCGGUCUACACCUCUAUCCACGACAUCUGACCAUGAUAAAUAUGAUCUACUUUGACCGCACUUCUGACACGGAGCGGGCCAACGCCAGCAAACUCUUUGUCGAGCUCGUACACCUUGCACGAAAACAUGGAUAUAGCGAGUAUAGAGCGCAUAUCGACUACAUGGAUCUUGUUGCUGAGCAGUACGAUUUCAACGGGUGCAGCUUACGGGACUUGAAUGAGCGAAUUAAAGAUGCGCUGGAUCCGAAUGGCAUCCUGAGCCCGGGCAAGCAAGGCAUCUGGCCGGCCCGGUAUCGGCAGCGGAAGGAAGAAGUGAGCGACAUGGAGAAGGCCGUGGAGACUUUACAGCUGGCGAAUUGA